AAUGCAUCUUUUUAUUUUUUUCGUUUUAUCUUUUUUACAUAUUCGUAUGAAACGCAAGUUGGUGCGUUAGGUCUUAAAAAAUACUAAUAAUAGAGUUACUGGUGCUGCUUCUAUUAUUAUUUUUUAUUUUUCGUUUCCCAGGAAUUGACUAUAUAUUAUAAUGGAUCUCUUUAGAUCUUUUUAUAUUCCAGAAAAAAAUAAAUUAAGUAGAGUAUAUUACAUUAUUAGUAUUUCUAUGUAGCACUGAUUCUAUACUUCAAUGUGCCUAAUUAAUAUAUCCAUCUACCUUCAAAGUUGACUUCUGAUUUAAAUCAUGUUCAUUUCUUUCUUUAAUUUCUUGUAGAUCUAUAAAGAAUAGAAAUCUUCCAAACUCAAGAAAUCAAAGCAUUCUUAGUACAUCACUUGAACUUUAAUUUGGUUACAGUACCAAUGGCGAACUCAUUAAAUUUGAUCCCAGCUUCGUAUAUGUCAACAAAUCUUAAUCCUUUAGCCAUUUCUAAGAUCAACAAAGGUCGUAUUCUCACAGCCAGCUCCCAUAGAUCUGCUAUUCUUCAAAAAAGUAACAAAAAAACAAGGGAUUUAGUUGUCCAUGCAACUGCUGAAACAGGAGAUCUACUUUCGGGUGUUAUUCCCUUUUUGCCAACUGGUGAAAAUUCUUGGAUUAGCUGGGCUGUGGGUUUAGGUGUAACAGUACCUUUGAUAACAGCAAGAUUAUUAACCGUAACAAAGCAAGUUUCAUUUGCGGCGGAGACGGUGGAGAAGGUGGCCGAAGCAGUGGAGAAAGUGGCGGACGACGUGGACAAGGCGGCGGAGCAAUUUGCUGCGACGCUGCCGGAAGGUGGAAAGCUUAGAGGGAUAGUGGAGUCCAUUGAACAUUUGGCUGAAGAAACUGAAAAGGAUGCUCAAUUAGUCCAAAACCUCAUGGACAAGGUUGAAGAAGUAGAUGAAAAGUUGGAGGCAUUUAUCAGUAAUCAAUUGACUGUGAAGAUACCAAAUUCAUCAAAUGAUGCUAAAAAGAUUCAAUAGAUUUGUCAUUUCCCCAACAAUGAGGGUCAUUCAUUGUUGUUCUUCCACUUAUGAUAAUUUGUGUUUUCUUUAGAUAAGUUUGAUUCUACUUGUAAAAUAUUGGCAUUUAAUAAAUACUCUUAUGUAUUA